CGGACUGGGAGCCCAAACUUCCUGCUGGAGCUCAGGCGGCCUCUUUUGGGGUGGGGGCUGGGGGCCAGGCAGAAAAGUGUCUGCCGAAGACUCACAGGGCACCGGGGAGACUAAAUGACUGCUGUCCCUUGUGGACAUGGGGAAGAAGUUGGUGAUGGCCCAGAAGCGGGGAGAGACCCGAGCCCUUUGCCUGGGUGUGGCCAUGGUGGUGUGCGCCGUCAUCACCUACUACAUCCUCGGCACGACCAUGCUGCCACUCUACCAGAAAAGCGUGUGGACCCAGGAAUCCAUGUGUCACCUGAUUGAGACCAACAUCAGGGACCAGGAGCAACUGGAGGGCAAGAGAGUGCCCCAGUACCCGUGCCUGUGGGUCAACGUGUCAUCCGUGGGCCGGUGGGCCGUGCUGUACCACACGGAGGACACUCGGGACCGGAACCAGAAGUGCUCCUACAUCCCAGGCAGCCUGGACAACUACCAGAUGGCCCGGGCCGAUGUGGAGAAGGUUAGAGCCAAACUCCACGAGCGCCAGGUUUUCGACUGCUUCUCCACGACUCGGGAGAAUGAGACGAGCGUCCUGUAUCAGCGCCUCUACGGUCCCCAGACCCUCCUCUUCUCCCUCUUCUGGCCCACCUUCCUGCUGACCGGUGGCCUCCUCAUUAUCGUCAUGGUGAAGAUCAACCAGUCCCUCUCCAUCCUGGCAGCCCAGAAGUAGCCCCAUCCACACCAUAUCACUGCUCAGACCACCAGGGACUGGAUGGGUCCCCGGGCUGCUCCUCACUUGUGUCCCCAUGCUUCCUCCCCCUGCCUUCCCACUCUCCCCCCUCCAAUACAUUCUGUCUUCUGCUGCAUGGAUGGUCUUUGGGAAAUCCCUUUGUUAAGUCAUUUCCUGCUCAAGAAUGUACAAGGGCUUCCCCGGGCCCAGGAGAAUGCAAGGCCAACCAGUGAUAGCUCUCCUUUCCCUGUCCCCACUCAACUGACUCAAACUUCUUUCCUGCUGUGCCACUGUCCACUGCACCGAUGACAGUGAUUCUGACUUCUGUGCCCGUGUCCUGGCAGUUGGAUCAAAGACCUGCUGGUCCCACCCAGGAAGCCAUCCCUGGGAAACCUCUGUUCCUUCUUUGAAUUCCACUCUGAAAACAACAGCAGCCCUCAUGGGCAGAGCACACUUAGAACAUCAUUUGUUUUCAGGGUUCUCAGAGCUAUAUACAUUUUUAUACCAAUAUUAACAGAUACAGGUACAAACUUCUGGUCUUAAAGCCAUGGGGAUAUAACGUACAGCGUGAUGACCAUAGUUAAUAAUACUUUAUUGCGUAUUUGAAAGUUGCUAAAAGAGUAGAUCUUAAAAGCUCUCAUCACAGGAAAAAAAAAUGUGACUGUGGGGAGAUGGAUAUUAACUAGGCUUAUUGUGGCGAUGAUUUUGCAAUACAUACUACAGAUAUCGAAUCAUUAUGUUACACACUUGAAAACUAAUAUAAUCUUAUAUAUCAAUUAUACCUCAACUUAAAAAAACCAAAUAUAUAAAAAAUAACAAGAGACUAUAAGGAAAUAAUACCAAAAUACAUCAAAGUAGUAACAGUGGGAUGGUGGUUAACUGUAACUUUCUUCCCUCUUUUUAUUUUUGGUACUUUUCUAAAUUUUCAACACUAGGAAGGUUUGGUUUCAUUGUGUUUGUUUUUAAUCAGAAAAGUAACAGUAGAUGUUACUUUCGAAGGAAGUUUGAAAGGGUGAGCUCCCCAUCACCAAGCAGAUGCAAGUGGCCUAGGGAAGGGGUUCAGCUCCAAUCAGAGACAGGUUUCUGAGAACACACAAGUUUAAGAACCCUGUAUGGAGGGAAGGUAACCGCAGAGAUGGGGAUUUAUGAUUUACAAUGCAGAUAAAUACAAGGCACUGGCCCUGCAGGGGAAGUCCGUCUCAGUCUUGGAAAGGGGAUAAUUGGGAGACGCUGUCAUCUCUACCAUUACCACUCCAAAAACUUGGCCUAGAGCAGUCAUUCUCAAAGUGUGGUCCCCGGACCAGCAAUAUCAGCAUUCCCUGGAGGCUUGUGAGGAAUGCACAUUCUCAGGCCCUCAGCCCAGCCCUACUGAACCAGAAACCCCAAGGCGGUGUGGUGGGGAGUGGUUGCAUGGGGUCCCGAGGAGAUGGACAGCACUUUGUGUUUUAACAAUGGCUGCAGGGGACCUGUGCUGGAGCAUGAGAACCACUGGUGUACAGAACCAGGGGUCUGUCACUGGGCUUUUUGGAAUGAAUCAAUGACUUUUUGUCAGCUCCAGUCCUGAGCUGGACAUGAAGUUAGGCUGGUGUCCCUGAAGCUCCUCCCGGAGCUGUGAUUCCAGGUGCAGCCCCUGGGGGUGAAUCCUAUCUCCACUUCCGCCAGAUUGCAUCCCCCUGAUUCUCACUUGUUUCAUCUAUAAAAGAGAGACUCCCCCUUUUGGGUAGUUGGGAGGGCUCAUGAAGGUUUGACACAUAGUAGGUGGUCAAAAUGGAAGCUGUUGUUAUAACAGCAACAAGUAAUGAAUACUCAGAAACUUCCAGAAGAAAUUAUACCAACAAUAAUGUUAACUAGCAUUUAUUGGUGCUUAUUUAUUCCAUGCCAGGCAGAGUGCUAAGCAGUUUGUCUUGUAAAACUUCACUGAGGCACUUCUGAACCCAGCUCACAGAUAAGGAGAAGCAAAAUAAGACAGUGGUUUAUGUAUGUGGACUUGUGAUGCAUACUGCCUGGCUUCAAAUACCCAAACCUGUUAUUCUCUAGCUGGGUGACUUUGGGCAAAUAACCUCUCUGUGCCUCAGUUUCCUCACUUUCAAAAUAGGAACUAAUAAUAAUAUUUCCCUUUUGGGGGUUGUCGGUAGUAAAUGAGUUAUUGUAUAAUGUUCCUAGAAUAAUGACUGACACAUGGUAAGUGCUAUAUAAGACAUUAUGAGAAACUGAGGCUCUAAGAGAUCAUUGGCCAAGGUCAACCACAUAGUAAGUGAGGAACUGGGAAUCAAGCCUUGGGCUGGGUGAUUCCAGAGCCUGACCUGUCAACCACAGUACUUGAGCUGAUUCAGCUGAAGGUCUGAGGGACCCAUCCACCCAAAGACCCGGGGGCCAGGUAAGGAAGAGUUUUGCAUCCUGGGAACCCCAUGGUGUCCUCAUGUAAGUCAGAGAUCUGGGGGAGCACCUGGAAUCUGCACCAACUUCUGUCACUUGCAGCCAGGGAUCCCUGAUGCAGCUUCACAUCCUCCAGGUUCUUACUGAAGACAAUCCUUCCAAGGGGAGAUAGCACACUAUUCCCUGGAGUUUCUUCCCUCUGAGGUCAGGGACUUCUCAAGAGCCCUGUGAGUCUAGAAAUUCCCAGUUGUGAUACUGUCCUAUAGUUCUUUGGGGGAAAUUAGGUAAAGGGUACAUGGGACGUGUCUGUGUUAUUUCUUACAACUGCAUGGGAAUCUACAAGAAGAAAAAAGUCCCCAUCAUGAGUCUCAUUUAUAGGGCUUCCUUUGCAUAUGCUUUCCAUGCACCUGCAUUUGGGACUGAAAUACACAGAAACUCAGAUUAUCCAAACAGCCCCUGCAGGGGAAAAGGCCAUGACCUUCUAGCAAAAAGUACCUGGGGAUGCCCAGCCCCACUGCUCCAUGCAUUAUUAACAAUGAUCUUCAUUUGCUUGAGACAAUGCCGUCCUCCUGUCCAUGAAUUUGGCCCACUUCUAUCAAAUCCCAUACCUGCCUGUUGCUCACAGAACUUCAUGGCCAAGACGAGAGUGACAUAAUGGGCAUUUAAGCAUGAUGGAGUUAGACACAGAGGAAAAUGGUUUUGGAAUAAUGGCUGCCUGGGAGCAGAAAGCCCUCAUCAGUUCUUUAAAAAAUCACUCUGCUAAUGAAGUCUAGUGCUUCCACUGUUUUUGCUUUUUCUCUCCUGAGCCAGUGACUCACACCUGAAGAGGUGCACAUGGAUCGCUCCCUGCAAGCCCCCCAACUCAGAUCGCCUGGUGGAGGUCAGCAUAAAGGGGAGGAGGAGGGGAAGAGAGUGCCUGCCUUCAAGGAGCUGAUCGUCUUCUUGACGCUCCGUCUCCCUCCUCCCCUACCAUUAUCAAGGGCUUCCUUCUCUACAGCGAAGAACGUAAUUUAUGCAAAUUCAAAAUAAUGCAAUGGAAAAAUAUUAAUAAAAUCUCAAUUUUUGUGACUUCCUGAAAUGAUGCCAGCCUCCCCGACUGCCAUCAACAAUUCAUCUAAAAUUCCUCCUAAUUUCAAAACUCCUCAGGUGUGUGGAUUGUAGACUGCAUUCGCUCUAUUACUAAUUGGCAGUACAGGCUGGUGCAUAAGAAUAGCCAAUGUCUUUUGCAUUGGGGGGAAUUUGAAUUAUAUGAAAUAUUUGCAAAGGUACUGUUUGAACAAAGUAGAGCUGUCUUAUACCUCACCAGCCACUGCCCUUUCACACAUAGGGAAAUGAGUAAGACCAAAGGAAAAUCAGGAAGACAUGAAGAAAUUCACUACAGACUAGGGUAAUGGUUCUCAAAGCGGAGGACUGCAAGGUGAGAACUCUUUUUAUAAUACUAUUUAGAUACUAUUUGCUUUUUUUGCUCUCAUUCUCUCACCAAGAUACGUGGAAUUUUUCAGAGCUUAUGUGACAUGUGAUAUCACAAAAGACUGAAUGCAGACAUGAGAAUCCAGCAGUCUUCUACUGAGCCAGACAUUAAAGAGAUUUGCAAAAAAGGAAAACAGUGCUACUUUUCUCAAUAAUUUUUUUGAAAAUGUAAUUAUUUCUCAUAA